GCGAAACCGAGAAGAGAAAAAACAAACAAUGUUUUAAUUGACAUAAUUUCCGUUGGAAUAUGGCCUCGAUACUUAAAAAUUCUGGGGCGUGAAGGAAGUUUUGGAAUUUCAUGAAGAAAAUAGUUUCUUAGAAACACCCCAUGACGAGUUCAUUCAAAAAUGUUGGCUGGCGGGCAACAACAAAUUUUCCACCAUCAUAUACGAUGACUCUUGCUGGACAUACUUCCUGAUUCCGAUCCAAAAAAUGUCGAGCAAGUAAACAGAAAACUUUCAAUCAUUUCGCGAUUUGAAGAUUGGAAAUUCCGGACAAUGUUUAAAUGAAAAAUAUUUCGCCAGUAUUGCCAGGGGACUAUUCACUAUCAUCGAUCUCAAACCUAAUGUCAAGUUCCUGAAUUCCUACUCAACCAUAUCAAACAAAUGGAUAAAAAAAACCUGCGGCGACCCUUGGGCGAAGUAAAAGUUCGACAUUCGAUACCGGGCAGAUUCACGCUUGCGGUCCGCAAAGCAGUAGUUAACGGAACGAUGCCUUUGGCAAGGAUUUUUCAAGAUACCAGAUUUUUCUUGUGCCAAACAAUUCGUAUUUUCAUCCUUGUCUCGCAGACAAAUUCUCGACCCUCAAGUUAAAAUAACUAUAUAAAGGUUGUAGACAGGAUACUUUUGGUCAAAGCCAAACUUUCAUAAAGACUUUGAUUAUCUGCUACAGCAGCUCGCCCAUUUUUGGUAAGUAUUACGCAGCAUUCAAAAUUUUUUUUUUCUUUAUACAUUCUUGUCUCGUCUGGUGGGAUUUGGUCAUUACCGAAAUUUUAUCCCUGUCGGCGUUAUCCGAGCCGAAUUCGCCGCCGUAUGCAUGUGUCGAUGGGGGCCCGUGUUUUUCUCUUUUUUAGCUUUUCGUUCGAGCCUUAUAAUUUAAAAAAAAGUCCCAAGGUCAAGAAGCUGACUGUAAUUUAAGCCUGCUAUUCUACACCUCUGUCCGUGUUUGAGGUCCGCGCGUGCAUUAGAUAAGUGUUUCGGCCGAUGACAAAUAUUUCUUGUUUUAAUCCAAUGCGUUUUAGCGUCCACUCUAGGGCACUAAACUGUCGUGCAGAUAACGUAAAUAGAUUAUUGUUUACCCAAAAAGCAAACAGAGAUCGUGAAUUCUUGACGGCUGAAGGAUUGCUAACCAAAGGAAGUUUAUACCAAAGUGCUAGAAGGAACAUUCAAGGAAAAUAAUUUAAACAACUGUAGACAGGCGGAAAAAAUCGGGUGCGGAAGAUUUUUUUUUUUUGUUUGUUAAUUCUUUUCUUUCAUCCUGAGGCGUGAUGAACGAUAGUGUGACGUCACUUUCAAUGUUUGCGGGAUGCCUUCGUGCUUAUUACGUGUAGCAGUAUAUACUACAUGCUUACGAGAUUCUUUUUUUUGUUUUCUUUUCCGAAUUUCUGGGCGGUUAGGUACCGGAUUCUUAUUAUUCAAAUGAGAUGCAGAAGCAGACGUUUUUCUUACCAUAGGUUGUUGAGUUCUCUCACUUCUUUGGUUGCGAGAGAUUUUCUUUUCUUUUUGACUGCAUUGUCUGAAUAUAUUUGGGCUUUCGUCUAUCCGUCUUCUCGUUUGUGCAGCCACAUGCUCUCGCAAACAGCCAUGUGUGUGUGUUUCGCCUUUCCUUUAAAAAAAUACGAAACAGAGCCAACCUCUAGUCUCACCGUUCGUUCACAGAAAGAGCUGUCGUACGUUCCGUCGAGCCAAGCAUCAGCAACCCCUAGGUUGCAUCAGUGUAGCCAGCGGACCCAGCCUCAGCAGGCGGGUUAGAGCCGUCUUCAAGAUUCCUUUCUCUCUCUCUAUAACCUAGGAAUCUCUUUCACCAAAUAAUCGCUGCCAUUGUUUCGUUGAUUUCUUGUGAAUGCGUUGCCUUAUUAAGGCACAGCAGGAUUAAAAUCGGUGACGUAGUGUUCCCGCGCGACCUCAUUUAUUUUGACCGGACGUUAAGUAAACUCUUCUGAAACGACAAACCGAAACGACGUUUCGAAAGGGCUAGAUUCAGUGCUAGGAUCCCGGAAGUGUACUCGUCGUCGGAAGCGUGUAACUCCAUCCGUUUUAUUUUGCUCUCUAUAAGAGAGUAAACGCACUUGAUCACGAAUCAGUUAAAACCUGUCACUACCAGCGUCGAGUAAGGACGAUUGACAUAAGAAAAGAAAAGAGAAUUCCAAACCACCGAUUGCAAUGGGCAAUCGAAAUUCGUCUGGCAGAACAUCUCGUGCUACAGCAGUGUUUACCAGCUGCUGCAAGUGCCGCACCUACAGCAUCGAUGGCCAUGACAACGGCCGCGGCCACGAUGGCGCCACUGCUGUGCAGCCAACUACCUCCGGAGAAAUGAACGAACUACAACCUGUUGCCCCGGGUAGUGGAGAGCCAGUCGACUCCAAUCAACCGCCGACUGUAAACCCUCACGAAAACCUGCCCAACUCUGAGAGCCCAGAAAUGUCGAGAAUAAGGCUGCCAAGACCACCUAGACGUCCAGUCGAUGAAGCAGGAAAAGCUGCGCUAAAAGUGGAUUCGGUGGAUAUCCUUAUUGCCGAAAAUGGCAAGGACCAUCAUACGUUCGACUAUGAAAUGAUGGAGCGACCAGUCGACGCCAAUCUCGUAGUUCGCCGAGGCCAACCUUUCAAUCUUGUAUUGAAAUUUAACCGCAACUUUGAUCCGGCCACAGACGCCGUUUCCUUGAUUUUCACCGUCGCCGAUGCGAAAAUGCCGAGUCCGAGUAAUGGUACGACUAUCGCUAUCCCCGUGCUGAACGAUAAUAGCAGUUCGUUGCCCGCUGGAGGCUGGUGGGCUAGACUUGUAGCCUCUAGCCAACUCUCUAUUAAAGUGCAAGUCUGUACCCUGGCAACAAGCGUCGUCGGCGUCUGGAAGUUGGAUGUCGACACCAAAUUUAUUCCCACAAGCACUUCACUGUCAUAUUCUUUGCCGUCGAGAAUCUACCUUAUCUUCAACCCGUGGUGUCGAGAGGACCUCGUAUACAUGGAAGAUGAAGAAUGGAAGAAAGAAUAUGUCAUGGCGGAUUCGGGACUCAUAUGGCGUGGAAGCCAUAACCGCAUGCGUCCGUGUGCCUGGAACUUUGCACAAUUUGAAAAGGACAUCCUGGAGUGUUGCGUUUAUUUGCUGAGCAACGUUGGCAAACUAACCAUUGCCGGAAGAGCCGAUCCGAUUCGUGUCGUUCGUGCUAUUUCUGCUGCGGUGAAUUCAUCGGAUGAUGACGGUGUGUUGAUGGGCAACUGGUCCAAUGAUUAUGCAGGUGGUACUGAACCCACAAAAUGGCAAGGAUCUAUGUUGAUUUUACAAAAAUACUGGGCAACAAAAUCGCCAGUCAAGUUUGGCCAGUGCUGGGUCUUUUCCGGCGUGACUACGAGCGUUUGCCGCGCUCUUGGCAUCCCUGCUCGUUCCAUCACCAAUUUCUCCUCGGCUCACGACACCCACGGUGGGCUGACUAUUGAUACAUUCAUUGGCGAUGACGGCAAAGUGGUAGAGGAGCUCAAUUCCGAUUCAAUCUGGAAUUUCCACGUCUGGAACGAAGUAUGGAUGCAGAGACCAGAUCUGGAACCCGGAAACUACGGAGGAUGGCAAGCUAUUGACGCUACGCCACAGGAAGAAAGUGAUGGCGUCUACAGAUGCGGCCCGACAUCGGUGGCAGCUGUAAAGCGUGGCGAAGUGAAAAAGGCCUUCGAUACCGCGUUUCAUUUUGCUGAAGUCAAUGCUGACAAAGUUUACUGGAAAUUCAAAGGAAAUGGCCAGCCAUUGAAGCUCAUUGACAAGAGAACUGACGAAAUUGGCCUGUUUAUCAGUACUAAAGCUGUUGGAAAGUUUCAACGCGAAGACGUGACAGAUCAAUACAAGCACAAAGACAACUCGGCCGAAGAGAGAGAAGUAGUUUUGAAAGCCCUUCGACAGUGUGGACACUUGUAUAGUCGAUAUUACCUCAAUGAGGCUUUAGAGGAUGUGCGUUUCGAUUUCCAGCUGCGUGACGACAUCGUUAUUGGAUCCCCUUUCAGUGCCGUCGUGACUGUAGCAAAUCGUAAUCGCUCAAAGGACUACACCGUAGAAGUUACCCUACGCGUUGACUCGGUGCUGUACACUGGAAAACUGAAGAGCGUGAUCAAAAAAGAAGUCUUUCAACGAACCAUCAAAGCCGGAACCGCCCAAAAUAUUACUCUUCCCGUUUCCUACGACGAAUACGCUCCUGAACUUAGUGACCAAUGUGCCUUCAAUAUUGCCUGCUUGGCCAACGUCAAAGAAACCGAGUUUGAGUUCUUCUCACAGGAUGACUUCCGCGUUCGUAAGCCUGACAUUGCUAUCAAGGCUCCUAAAGAAGUUCCGCUGGGAGAGCAGUUUGACGUGACUGUUUCUAUAAUUAAUCCUCUUCCGAAGGAAUUGAAUGGCGCUAAAUUCGUCAUCGAAGGAGCUGGUCUAGGCGUGCCUCAUAAAGUUAGCGUGCCCAACAAAGUGGCGCCAGGCAAGGAGGCCCGUGUUGUUGUUAAAAUGACGGCUGCCAAAGCUGGACAGAAAACUGUCUCUGCCAAGUUUUACUCCAAGGAGCUCAAUGAUGUUGACGGUUAUCUCAAUAUGGAUGUAAUCGACCCAACUGCCUAGAAAUCAAGCUCCCUUUUUCUAUUUUUUCGUUCUGCACCAUUUUAUUUUUCUCGAGUUUAUCUAACUUUAAAGAAGUUUACGCCGGUGAUAAAAUGUUACCAAAAUUAGAACAGAGAAUUCUAACUCUGAAAAACGAUUUGACAGUUAUAUCAGUUUGACUUUUGAUGCGCGCGUACGUUCAAUUGGUUGUUGGCAAGCUAAGAUAAUGGUGUUUGUUUUAACCGACUACUAAUAUGUACUUAUUAUUAUUAAUACACGCUAGAGCUAUA